AUGCAUGACCGCGACGUUGUCCAUUUAGAUGUUAAGCCUGACAACAUUCUGGUCAAUUACCGCCAUGUUGAAAAGCAGGUCAUAAUCGAAAAGGUGCAAAUCUCUGAUCUUGAGAAUGCAGCCUAUCUCCCAAAGCCUUGGUGUAUCAAAGGAAUGCUAGCUGGAAAUGACAACUGGCGCAGCCCUGAAGGUCACUUCAAGGGAGAGCUUAACAAACCAUCUGAUUUAUAUUCAUUUGGGCUAGUAUGCAUUUACGCUAUUCUCGGGCGUGUCAUACUAGGACCUGACGAUGAUUUCAAACUACACGAAUCAAAAGGUGCACUACCUGCGUUCAUCCGCCUGCAGCGCCAAGUAUCAUAUUUUGGGGACAAAGAAGGGUUGAAUGGGCUCAUCAAGUAUGUUGGUGAUGAGGAAGCAAACUGCGAGAUUCUUAGAAUGCUUUGGGAGGAACGGGCGGCAGAUUAUAUUCCAUACGUGCCGUUAUCAGAGUGGACAGAUGUUGACUCGACGUUCAAGGACUUGAUUCGAGGAUUGAACAAUUUGAACCCGUCACAGCGGCUUACAGCUCGUCAGGCAUUGGACCAUCCAUGGUUUAAAGGCAUCGAAACUACUUGA